CUCACGUGCGGCGCGCUCUCGCCUCGCGACGAUCAACGUAGUCGAGCCCGUCGACACAUGACACUUCAUCUGAGCUUCCCGCGUUGGCCCAAGACGUGUGAAUCUCGUGUUUCAAGCUUCCGAUCCGGUCGUCUAAAAGCGGCGGUCGGCGGAUGCAGAAAGUGAAACGGCGCUAGUCAGCGCAUGCCUGCAUUUUGGAUUCCUGCGUCAGGAUACUGACUUUGAAACAGGAAGAUACCUGACAGGUGAAAGAGGAGGUGCGUGAAAGUGAGUGGAGAAAGGGCAAAAGAACGACAAUGAGCGCGGUGAACAGCCGUAACGCCUUCGGAAAGAUCAACCUUGAACCCUGGGAUAUUGUGGUCGUGGUGACGUACUUCGUAGCUGUGAUAGCUGUUGGAAUUUGGUCAUCAUGGAGGAGCAGUCGGGGCUCAAUGAGCGGCUACUUUUUAGCGAGCAGAAGUAUGCACUGGAUACCCGUGGGGGCUUCCCUGUUUGCCAGCAACAUCGGGAGCGGACACUUCGUCGGCUUGGCUGGGUCGGGUGCCGCUUCUGGGAUCGGCAUCGCUGGGUUUGAACUCAACGCGCUGUUUGUCUUGAUUUUGCUCGGCUGGUUCUUCGUUCCUGUUUACGUCGCCUCAGGGGUGUAUACUAUGCCGGAAUACCUUCGAAAAAGGUUUGGAGGCCAAAGAAUUCGGAUCUACCUCUCCGUGUUGGCGUUGCUGCUUUCCAUAUUCACCAAGAUCUCGGCUGAUCUUUUUGCUGGGGCCAUUUUCAUCAAACAAGCACUGGGCUGGAACCUCUACUUGUCUGUUUGUGCUCUUCUUAUUGUCGCCUGUCUCUUCACUGUUGCUGGUGGUCUGAGCGCUGUAAUCUGGACAGACUUUGUUCAAACUGUUCUCAUUGUCAUUGGGGCAUUUGCACUUAUGAUUAUGAGUCUCGUUGAAGUCGGCGGCUACGACCAACUGAUGAAGGCGUUCGCGACAGCCGAGCCUACAAACGCUAGCUACGCCCGCUACACGGCCACCAACGAGUCGUGCUCAAGGGUUCCCGACAACUACAACCACCUGUUGCGAUCGCCUUUGGACUCUGAGCUGCCCUGGACUGGAAUGGUCUUCGGCAGCGUUGUUUGCGCCAUCUGGUACUGGUGCUCUGACCAGGUGAUCGUUCAGCGCGCCCUCUCAGCGAAGAACAUGGUGCAUGCGAAGGCCGGGUGCGUCAUGGCCGGCUACCUGAAGCUCCUUCCCAUGUACCUCCUGGUGAUUCCUGGCAUGGCAGCCCGCGUUCUUUUUCCAGAUCUCGUCGCCUGCUCCAGUCCCGAGCGUUGCCGCGAAGUCUGCGACAACGAAAAUGGAUGCACAAAUAUUGCCUACCCAUUAUUGGUUGUCAAGCUUAUGCCCGUUGGUGCGCGAGGCAUGAUGCUCUCCGUGAUGCUGGCAGCACUGAUGUCCUCGCUGACGUCCAUCUUCAACAGCUCUUCGACCAUCUUCACCAUCGACAUCUGGAAGAAGUUUCGCAAAAACGCGUCGGAGAUGGAACUGCUCAUUGUCGGAAGAACUUUCGUGGUUGUUCUGGUUGGCGUGAGCAUCAUCUGGAUCCCCAUCAUCGAGGUAUUCCCGAGCAGCCAGCUGUUCCACUACAUUCAAGGCGUCACCAGUUAUCUCGCGCCACCGGUCUGCGCCGUCUACGUCCUCGCUGUCUCCUGGAAACGUAUUAAUGAGCCGGGUGCUUUCUGGGGCCUGAUGAUUGGACUGGCUGCCGGCAUGUCCCGCUUUAUCUGGGAGUUCUCCUACCAUGUCCCCGGCUGUGGAAGUCCGGACCCUGACCCGCGACCGGCCAUCAUUUCCAGCGUGCACUACCUUCACUUCGCGGUGCUUCUUUUCCUGAUAUCUGUCAUCGCCACCGUCGUCAUCAGCCUUCUCACGCCACCUAUAGAUGAUAAAAAGCUCUACCGACUCACCUACGCUACGCGAAAGAGCACUGCGAUCCGCGAGGACCUCGACCGACCACGCAUCAAGUCUGUGUCUCAGGUCAACGGCGUUUACAACGGUACGGACAAUGUGUCGUACACCAAGAGUUCGGAAAACCUGGCCAAUGAUAUUCCGAUGACAACCUUGAGACAUUCGUCACCUCACGAAUCGAUUCGGCCUACUCAUAAAGAAGUUUCCGGCCUCAAGCGAGCGCUGUUCUGCAUCUGCGGCGUGACGUCCACCCAGCAAAAGGCAGAGGCGGAGGCGGCGAAUCCGCUUCCCCGCCUUUCUCCGGCGGAAGAAGCCCACGAGGCUGCCCGGUCCCUGGAAGAACACCCGCUCUGGGGCAAGGUGUGCAACGUGAACGCUGUCGUGCUUCUGGUCGUGGCUUCCUUCGUGUUGGGAUUCUACGCCUAGGCAGUCAGUCACGUGAUCAUUCGCAUCAUCGUCGUCUUCCAUCACGUCAUCUGAGAAAGGAGACGGAUCUGACCAGCGGGUUUCGUUACGCAGCCGCUGCCGACGUGCGUUGUGGGAACUGUAGUAUUUCUGCAUGCCCGACAACUCCAUGGCGGGUGUGCGCGAGCAGAGUACGAGGAAUGUACUGUCGCCUGCCUCCUGUGGACCACCGUUAUGGCGGUGUCACGUAUUUGUAGAACUGUUAGUGAGAUCGGUCUAUUGCAUCCUUGAAGACGACACUUUAAUCCGGUGUUACGCAUCGCUUCAAAAUGUACCACCAGAAUUGAGACUGGCGCAUGUUGAAAGGGAAUAGAACUUCAUACUCCGUCGUGGUGGUGAGACUUUGGACAUAUUAAGGGAUUACGAUGUAUGGUAUGUUUUAGGUGUUAUUUUAUUUCGUUAAAAUAGCUCAAAUACUUCGUCCCCGUGUACGAAGAAUGCAUUUUCGGGAAAAAUAUUUCGUUAUGUAUAUAUCAAUGAGCCAUUGUGCUAAUGCGCUGUCUGGACGGGUAUUUAUUUGUGUAGGACGAAUACUUUCAAUUUGUACUUGAUAUUUGUGAUGGUUAAUUAUACCAUCGAAAGCGUCUAUGACCUUGAAAGUUUAACGGCUCCAUAUAGUCCUAAAGCAUUAUCUAAAAAUGUAACGCUUAGACCAUUAUACUGUAGAAGCUGAUUUUAUGUUAAACAUCUUGUAGGUGCUGACUUGUUAACACGACGUCUUUCACUAUCAUGGACGGAUGCAAAACAGUUUUCUCAAACUCUUUUUUUUAUUUGCAUUUGGCAGGAGUCACAUUGUUUUGCGCCAUAAACUCACUUCAACAUUGGUGACGUCCCCAUGAAACGCGGGCAUUCCUAAGAUUUUAUUUACGCUACCACUCAAUACGAUGAAUAAACGUUUCACAGACCUGC